AUGUUUGUCUCGUCAUAUAUUCUUCCCAUACUAUUUAACCCCCUUUCAGGUUUGCGAAAAGAAGUUCAAGUUAUGCCAAAGCUCUCAAUCGAUAUUAAUAUAUCAGCAUCCGAUUUCGCGAGAGGAUAUAUAAAUGAAAUUUCGGAUAAUGACGUCCGAACAUUCUUUGAUAAGUUGAAUAUUGUCACAAGAAACAUUGUGGAGACACCCGAAUCUAGAACUGACUCAAUAGUCCAUGAUUUGCUUCAUCUUGUUAAGUUGAAUUCCUGGUCCUUGAUAGGCGAUAAGGAAAGAGUAGCUAUUGUAGUUAGAAUAGAUUUUGGAGAAACACAAAUCACUGCUGAGAUACUUGCCUAUGGAGAUGAAAAUAAAUGUGAAGCUGGUAAAUUUAAAGUUAAUGAUCAGAACUUGAUGUGGGUGAUUAACAGAUGGCCUGAAGAAAAUUAUAUGAAAAAUGGCCUGGAUUUGGUAGAACCAGAUGGAAGAUGA